AUGGAGAUGGAUGCUGGCGGUUCUUGCUCGAGGAAGCGGAAAUCGGCGGGACUCGACCCAGACGAGGCGGCGGCGCCGGCUGCAGAGGGACAUGGUCCGGAGCCCGCGGACGAGGACCAGGAGCCGCCGCUUCCCGCAGCGGGUGGGGGAGGUGAGGACCGCGUCAGCCACCUCCCCGACGGCGUCCUCGGCGACACCAUCUCGCUCCUCCCCACCAAGGAAGGCGCCCGCACGUCGAGGAAGCGGAAAUCGGCGGGACUCGACCCAGACGAGGCGGCGGCGCCGGCUGCAGAGGGACAUGGUCCGGAUCCCGCGGACGAGGACCAGGAGCCGCCGCUUCCAGCUGCGGGUGGGGGAGGUGAGGACCGCAUCAGCCACCUCCCCGACGGCGUCCUCGGCGACAUCAUCACGCUCCUCCCCACCAAGGAAGGCGCCCUCACAUCGCUCCUCGCAACCCGAUGGCGCCACCUCUGGAGCGACGCCCCUCUCAACCUCGACCACCGCGGGCUCCGCAAAGACGUGAAGGACCUCGCCGCCCUUGUUCGCCACCGUCGAGGCCUGGAUCCGGUCCCCGCCUUCCGCAACCUCCAGGAGCUUGACAUGUGCAGAUUCGGAUUUCAGUACGCGCAUCUAUGGCCAAAGCCUGUGCCAGCGACGGCUGCCUUCUGCUUCUCGGAAACACUCUGUGCUGCUACCAUUGCAGAUUGCCAUGUCCCCGAUAUCACAGCCCAAGCGAUUCACUUCCCCAAGCUUAAGAAGCUCGAGCUUGAUCAUGUCACCAUCUCCGAAUCCUCGCUGCGCACCGUGCUUACGGGUUGCCUUGCUUUGGAGUGCUUGCUGAUUGCGCACAGCUAUGGCUUCCGUCGUGUCCAAAUCAACUCCAUUAGCCUUAGACGCAUGUGUGUGAAAGGCUAUUUUGCUGGCGGACCGCUCCACUUUGGGGAACUCAUCAUCCAGAAUGCCCCUUGUCUUGAGAGGUUGAUCCAACAUGGUUCAUAUAACCCGCAUAUUUCGGUAAUCUCCGCGCCUAGACUGGAGACCUUAGGUUUCAUUUCAUCUGAUGCCAGACUCGCGCUUGGCUUGACAGUCAUUCAGGAAUUGCGUAUUGUUGAUAACCUAAUGCCAGAGGUGCGCACCGUCAAGAUUUUAGCUGUUAAUACUCAUGCUCUUAGUCUGGAUGUUGUCAUUGGCUUGCUGAGGUGUUUUCCAUGCUUGGAAAAGCUAUACAUUAAGUCUCGUGGACGAGGGGAAUCCAACGUAUGGCGUAAAAAACACCUAGGUUUUACAAGUUCUUUUGACAUCCGUCUGAAGAAAAUUUCGUGGGAAUAUUACCGGGGCAUCAAGUCGCAUGUUGACUUUGCCACAUUCUUUGUGGAAAACGCCAAGGUGCUAGAGUUAAUGACCAUUCAGGUCUCUAAAUAUGAUUACCAUGAGGCGUUCUUUGCAGAACACCAUAAGAAGCUUCGGCUGGACAGCAAGGCCUCAAGAGUUGCUCGGUUUCGUUUUACAACAGAUGAGCCUCGUCGCUGCGUUAAGGGUUUUCGUGCCCAUGAUUUGGAUCUAGCUGAUCCCUUUGAAAGGAAAGAUCCUCAUCCAUUUCGUGAUUUGUCCUAA